AAAGCCCCGGGAAGCAGGGAGGGGGAGAGCGGCCGCCGCCGAGUCUGCAGGAGCCGCGGGGAGGAGGACGCUGCCACCCGCAGCCUCGGGAGCUCACUGCAGCCGUCCCGCGCAGACAGGCAGCGCCCGGCCAGCCCUGCCCAGGUCCUGGGGCCGUGGUAGCCACAGCAGCAGGAAAAGGACCAUGUUCGCAGGCUGCCCACCCCUGUGGGCCCUGCUGGUCCUGGGCCCCAGCUGGGCAGGCUGGGGGAGCCCAGGGGCCGAGGCAGCGCAGCUGAGGCAGUUCUACGUGGCCGCUGAGCACGUCCGCUGGAGCUACCGCCCUGAGCCCACAAACCUAAGUUUGAAUGCUUUUGCAACUUCCUUUAAGAAAAUUGUCUACAGAGAGUAUGAAGCAUAUUUUAAGAAAGAAAAACCACGAUCCAGUAUUUCAGGACUUCUUGGGCCCACUUUAUAUGCUGAAGUUGGAGACAUCAUGAAAAUUCACUUUAAGAAUAAGGCAGACAAGCCCUUAAGCAUCCACCCUCAAGGAAUUAGGUAUAGUAAAUUCUCAGAAGGUGCUUCUUACCCUGACCACACAUUCCCUGUGGAGAAGAUGGAUGACGCUGUAGCUCCCGGCCAAGAGUAUACCUAUGAGUGGACCAUUAGUGAGGACAGUGGGCCCACCCACGACGACCCUCCCUGCCUCACACACAUCUAUUAUUCCCAUGAGAAUCUGGUACAAGACUUCAACUCUGGGCUGAUUGGACCUCUGCUUAUCUGUAAAAAAGGCACCCUAAGUGAGGAUGGGACUCAGAAGAUGUUUGAGAAGCAACUUGUGCUGCUGUUUGCUGUGUUUGAUGAAAGCAAGAGCUGGAGCCAGUCAUCAUCCCUGAUGUACACCGUCAAUGGCUAUGUCAACGGGACGAUGCCGGAUAUAACGGUUUGUGCCCAUGAUCAUGUCAGCUGGCAUCUGAUUGGAAUGAGCUCUGGGCCGGAAAUGUUCUCCAUUCAUUUCAAUGGCCAGGUCCUGGAGCAGAACCAUCAUAAGGUCUCAGCCAUCACCCUCGUCAGCGCUACAUCCACCACUGCAAACAUGACUGUGAGCACAGAGGGAAAGUGGAUUAUAUCUUCUCUCACCCCAAAACAUUUGCAAGCUGGGAUGCAGGCUUACAUCAACAUUAAAAACUGCCCAAAGAAAACCAGAAUGCCUAAGAAAAUGACUCGUGAGCAAAGGCGCCACAUUAAGAGGUGGGAGUACUUCAUUGCUGCAGAAGAAGUCAUUUGGGACUAUGCGCCUAUAGUACCAGCAAAUAUGGACAAAAAAUACAGGUCUCUGCACUUGGAUAAUUUCUCGAACCAAAUUGGAAAACAUUAUAAGAAAGUUGUUUACAAACAGUACGAAGAUGAGUCCUUCACCAAACGUGAGGAAAAUCCCAAUAUCAAAGAAGAUGGGAUUUUGGGUCCUGUUAUCAGAGCCCAGGUCAGAGACACACUCAAAAUCACAUUCAAAAAAUAUGGCGCCAGCCGUCCUACAGGCAUUUUACCCUCAUGGAGUGCCUCUCCUCCUAUAAAGACUGAAAAAAUGAUGCCAGUGCUUAACGAACCAUACUAUAGUGACGUGGACAUCAUGAGGGACAUUGCCUCUGGGCUAAUAGGACUACUGCUAAUUUGUAAGAGCAGAUCCCUGGACAAGCGAGGCAUACAGAGGGCAGCAGACAUUGAGCAGCAGGCUGUGUUUGCUGUGUUUGAUGAGAACAAAAGCUGGUACAUUGAAGACAAUAUCAACAAGUUUUGUGAAAAUCCCGAUGAGGUGAAACGCGACGACCCCAAGUUUUAUGAAUCAAACAUCAUGAGCACCAUCAAUGGCUACGUGCCUGAGAGCAUACCCACUCUAGGAUUCUGCUUUGACGACACUGUCCAGUGGCACUUCUGCAGUGUGGGGACCCAGGAUGACAUUUUGACCAUUCACUUCACUGGGCACUCAUUCAUCUAUGAAAAGAGGCAUGAGGACACCUUGACCCUCUUCCCUAUGCGUGGAGAAUCUGUGACUGUGACAAUGGAUAAUGUUGGAACAUGGAUGUUAACUACCAUGAAUUCUAGUCCAAGAAGCAAAAACCUCAGGCUGAGAUUCAGGGAUGUUAAAUGUAUCCUAGAUGAUGAUGAAGACUCAUAUGAGAUUUAUGAACCUCCAUCCUCUACAGCCAUGGCUACACGGAAAAUACACGAUUUUCCAGAAAGUAACGAUGAUGAGAAUGAUACUGAUGACUAUUACCAGUAUAUACUGGCUUCAGAACUAGGAAUUAGGUCACUCAGAAAUUCAUCAUUGAAUCAGGAGGAAGAUAAGUUCAAUCUUACUGCCCUAGCUAUGGAGAACAGCUCCGAAUUCAUUUCCUCAAGUACAGAUACAACUGUUGGUUCAAAUUCUUCCCCCCCAAGGAAUGUUAGCAGUCUCAUUGUCAAUAACCUCACAGGACCUCAGAAAACCCUUCCUCACCCAGGAGCCACCACAGCUGGUCACCCACUGGAACACUUCAAUGGCUUAGACGAGAACUCAGUUCUCAACUCUUCCAUGGCAGAACAUUCCAGUCCAUAUUCUGAAGACCCCCGUGAGGAUGCUCCACAGUCAGAUGUCACAGGGAUAAGCCUACUUCCACAUGGGGCAGGAGGAUUCAGACGUAAAGAACAUGCUAAACAUAAGGGACGCAAGGCAGGAAGAGACCAAGCAGCAAAGCACAGGUUCUCUCAGAUGAAAUUACUAGCACAUAAAAUUGGGAGACAUUUCAGCCAAGACAAUGGUUCUCCUUCUGGGAUGGGGCCCUGGGAGGACCUCCCUAGUGAUCUGCUACUCUUAAAAGAAAAGAAUCCAUCUAAGAUUUUGAAUGGGAAAUGGCAUUUGGCUUCUGAGAAAGGUAAUUAUGAAAUAAUCCAAGAUACUGAGGAAGACAUGGCUAUUAAUAAGCCACUGACCGGCCCUCAGAAUGACUCAAGUACUUGGGGUUCAGAAAGCACCCCCCUUAUAAACAAGCCUGGGAAUCAGAGUAGCCUCCCCAAAUUCUCUAGAGUUAAACAUAAAUAUCUACAUGUAAGACAGGAUGGAAGAAAUAGUGGAUUGAGGAAAAGCCCAUUUCUCAUUAGGACACGAAAAAAGAAAAAGGCAGAGAAGCUUGGAUACUAUGUUCCUCUGUCUCCCAGGGGCUUUCACCCUCUCAGAGGUGAGGCCUCUGCCACAUUUUCAGACCAAACAUUGAAUCAUUCAUUGUUACUCCGUAAGUCCAAUGAAACAUCCCUUCCUACAGACCUCAAUCAGACACUGCCCUCUAUGAAUAUUGACCUGAUGGCCUCACUUCCUGACCAUAAUCAGAAUCCCCCAAAUGACACCAGUGAGACAAGCUCACCUCCAGAUCUUUAUCAGACAGUGCCCCCAGAAGAACACUAUCAAACUUCCCCUAUGCAAGACCCUGAUCAAACGCACUCUACUACAGACCCCAGUCACAGGUCCUCUCCUCCAGAGCUCAGCUGGAUGCCCAACUAUGAUCUAAAUCACCAGUCCUUCCCUGCUGACAUUGGUCAACUGUCCCCUUACUUGGAACAUGAAGUCUGGAAGACAACCAUCUCUCCAGACCUCAGCCAAUUGUCCCCUUCCCCAGACCUGGCUACCAUCUCUCCAGACCCCAGCCAAUCAUCUCUCUCCCCAGACCUGGGUACCAUCUCUCCAGACUUCAGCCAAUGGUCCCUCUCCCCAGACCUAGGUACCAUCUCUCCAGACCUCAGCCAAUCAUCUUUCCUCCCCAGACCUGGGACCAUCUCUCCAGACCUCAGCCAGUCAUCCUUCUCCCCAGACCUGGGUACCAUCUCUCCAGACCUCAGCCAGUCAUCCUCUUCCCCAGACCUGACCUGGCUUACCAUCUCUCCAGACCUCAGCCAAUCGUCUCUCUCCCCAGACCUGGCUACCAUCUCUCCAGACCUCAGCCAAUCGUUCCUCUCCCCAGACCUGGCUACCAUCUCUCCAGACCUCAGCCAAUCAUCUCUCUCCCCAGACCUGGCUACCAUCUCUCCAGACCUCAGCCAAUCGUCCCUCUCCGCAGACCUGGGUAUCAUCUCUCCAGACCUCAGCCAAUCAUCCCUCUCCGCAGACCUGGGUAUCAUCUCUCCAGACCUCAGCCAAUCGUCCCUCUCCCCAGACCUGGGUACCAUCUCUCCAGAUCUCAGCCAAUCAUCCCUCUCCCCAGCCCUUGAUCAGAUGACACUCUCUACAGAACUCACUCAGACAAGCCUUUCCCUAGGCAUCAGUCAGAUGCCCCUUUCUCCAGACCUCAGCCACACAACGCUUUCCCCAGAUCUCAGUCAGACAACCCCCUCCCCAGUCCUUGGUCAAAUGUCCCUAUCCCCAGACCUCAGCCAGAUGACCCUUUCUCCAGACCCCAGUGAAACAAAUGUUUCUCCAGACUUCGAUCAGAUACCCCUUUCUUCAGCCCUCGGCCGGGUGGCUCUCUCUCCAGAUAUCAGUCAGACAACCCUUCCUCCUGAUCUCAGUCAGACAUCACCUCCUCCAGAUCUUGAUCACACAUUCUACCCUUCUGAAUCUAGUCAGUCAUUACCUCUUCCAGAACUUAGUGAGACUUUUCCUUAUUCAGACCCUGGUCAGAUGCCAUCUCCCACACUAAAUGACACUUUCAUAUCAAAGGAAUUUAAUCCACUGAUUGUAGUAGGCCUCAGCAGAGACAAUGGAGAUUACAUUGAAAUUAUUCCAAGGCUGGAGGACCAGGGCAGUGAUGAAGACUAUGUUGAAGUUGAUUAUGUGGCCUAUAGUGAUCCCUACCAAACUGAUGUUAGGACAGACAUCAACUCUUCCAGAAAUCCCGACAACAUCGCAGCAUGGUACCUCCGCAGCAACAAUGGAAACAGAAGAAAUUAUUAUAUUGCUGCAGAAGAAAUAUCCUGGGAUUAUUCAAAAUUUGCACAAAGUGAAAUGGAUAAUGAAGACAUUGAUGAUAUUCCAGAGGGCACCAUAUACAAGAAAGUAGUUUUUCGAAAGUACCUUGAUAGCACUUUUACCAAACGUGAUCCUCGGGGGGAGUAUGAGGAGCAUCUUGGCAUUCUGGGUCCUGUUAUUAGAGCCGAAGUGGAUGAUGUUAUCCAAGUUCGUUUUAAAAAUUUAGCUUCCAGACCAUAUUCUCUUCACGCUCAUGGGCUUUCCUAUGACAAAUCAUCAGAGGGAAAGGCUUAUGAAGACGACUCUCCUGAAUGGUUUAAGAAAGACAAUGCUAUUCCGCCAAACAGCAGUUACACAUACGUGUGGCAUGCCACCGAUCGAUCAGGGCCGGAAAGCCCUGGCUCCGCCUGCCGGGCUUGGGCCUACUACUCAGCUGUGGACCCGGAAAAAGAUAUCCACUCGGGCUUGAUAGGGCCCCUUCUGAUCUGCCAAAAAGGAACACUUCAUAAGGAGAGCAACAUGCCAGUGGACAUGAGAGAAUUUGUCUUGCUUUUUAUGGUCUUUGAUGAAAAGAAGAGCUGGUACUAUGAAAAGAAGUCCAAAGGGUCUUGGAGACUCCCAUCCUCAGAAGUAAAAAACUCCCAUGAGUUUCAUGCCAUCAAUGGGAUGAUCUACAACUUGCCUGGCCUGAGAAUGUACGAGCAAGAGUGGGUGAGGUUCCACCUGCUGAAUAUGGGCGGCUCCCAAGACAUUCACGUGGUUCACUUCCAUGGGCAGACCUUGCUGGAAAAUGGCCAUCAACAGCACCAGUUAGGGGUCUGGCCCCUUCUGCCUGGUGCAUUUAAAACUCUUGAAAUGAAGCCAUCAAAACCCGGCUGGUGGCUCCUAAACACAGAGGUUGGAGAAAACCAGAGAGCAGGGAUGCAAACGCCAUUUCUUGUCAUAGACAAAGAAUGUAAGAUGCCAAUGGGAUUAAGCACUGGUAUCAUAUCUGAUACACAGAUCAAGGCUUCGGAGUAUCUGGGUUAUUGGGAGCCUAAACUAGCAAGAUUAAACAAUGUUGGAUCAUAUAAUGCUUGGAGUGUAGAAAAACUUGCAACAGAAUUUGGCUCUAAUCCUUGGAUUCAGGUGGACAUGCAAAAGGAAGUUGUAAUCACAGGUAUCCAGACCCAAGGUGCCAAACACUACCUGAAGUCCCUCUAUACCACAGAGUUCAAUGUGGCCUACAGUUCUGACCACACCAACUGGCAGAUCUUCAAAGGGAACAGCACAAGGAACGUGAUGUAUUUUAAUGGCAAUUCAGAUGCAUCUUCAAUAAAAGAGAAUCAGUUUGAUCCACCUAUUGUGGCUAGAUAUAUCAGGAUCUCUCCAACUAGAUCCUAUAACAGACCUACCCUUCGACUGGAACUGCAAGGGUGUGAGGUGAAUGGAUGCUCCACACCACUGGGUAUGGAAAGCGGAAAGAUAGAAAACAAGCAAAUCACAGCUUCCUCCUUUAAAAAAUCUUGGUGGGGAGAUUACUGGGAACCCUCCCGUGCCCGUCUUAAUGCCCAGGGACGUGUGAAUGCCUGGCAAGCCAAGGCAAACAACAACAAACAGUGGUUACAAAUUGAUCUACUCAAAAUCAAGAAGAUAACUGCAAUGAUAACACAGGGCUGCAAAUCUCUGUCCUCUGAAAUGUAUGUGAAGAGCUACACCAUCCACUACAGUGACCAGGGAGUGGAAUGGAAACCUUACAGGCAGAAAUCCUCCAUGGUGGACAAGAUUUUCGAAGGAAAUAGUAAUACCAAAGGACACGUGAAGAACAUUUUCAACCCCCCAAUCAUUUCUAGGUUUAUCCGCAUCAUUCCUAAAACAUGGAAUCAAAGUAUUGCACUUCGCCUGGAACUCUUUGGCUGUGAUAUUUACUAGAAUUGAAUUCAUAAGCACAGGAAAGAAUCUUUAAGACAUCAAACCAUUUAGAGUGGGCAAUGUAUUUUGUGACUAUUUUAAAUGUUAACAAUUUCUACUAUUUCUCUUUUUUUCUAUUAGAGAAUAAAAUUUUAUAAGAAACUUCUAUAAUACAACUCCUUGCCACCAUUAAAUGAGAUGGUGGCUAUAUUUCUGUAUUAAUUUAAAUAUAGAUGGGAAAAUAUCAAGAACCAACAAGAAAAUGGCUUAUCUUUCACAAUGAUUAAAAAUGCUAUAUAAAGUCAUAACAUGCUUCAUUAUAGCUCUUUCAAAUCCUAUACACAUUAAUAAAAUCAAUACUUUUGGAAACCAUUUACAGACCUGCAUAACUUUUAUUCCUACAUUUUUCUUUAAAAGAAGUAUGAUUUAAGAGCAAAAGAAACAAAGACAAUACUUAUAAAUGGUUUUUCUUGACAGUGGAGAGAAAAACAAUCUUAUCAUAUGAAAUAAGUGCCUAAAAUGCCCUGUCUUUCCUUGAUGACAAUGAUUCUUCUGACUCUCCAUAAGUAAAGAAACAGGCAAGCACAUUUUCAGUAGUCCCAUUGAAGCUAUGAAUCUAUCCUUGUCCCCCUUGGGACUGAUUGCACAAAUUGAUGUUCAAGGUUAGUGGUCAUAGAUGUGGAACAGAAAACAAACAAAAUAACCAAGAGAGAACUGAACAUGUAACAUUGGCUUCAUUCUAGCACUAUAUAGCAUGCAGUUCCCCUAAGGGAAAGCUAAUACCUGUAAAACAGAACAUUGGAACUUUAGGUCCAAGUGCAGCUAUUCCUGCUAGAACAGACCCCUGGCCAAAUUGGUAAGCAGUUGAAAUUUUCUUUCAGUGCCUUUCUCUCUGAAGCCUCAACCUCCUCCUCUCUCUUCCCCCAGCAACUUCCCCUUUCAUCACUCUCUUCCCCGGGAACUUGGCAUCUAGUGGUCCUACAGACAUUGUGGAACUGGCAUCCUUGAAGUCACAUGGGAUAGACAGGCACUGUUGACGUUAUCUAUAUUUGUGAAAUAAACCACCCCAACACUGAGUAUUUAAAACCACAAAAAUUGUUAUGUGAGGUGAAGCGUAUGUUAAUUAUCUUGAUUCAAUCAUCCCACAAGAAGUACACAUAUCAAAACAUAUAUACUAUAAAUAUAUAUAAUUAUUUUUCAGCUAAAACAUAAAUUUUAAAAAUAACUUU